AUGUCGUCUGCGCCCCCUCCUCCCAAACGCGUCUGUAUUGUUGGCGCAGGCGCGUCUGGGAUGUCAGCUGCAUAUGCGCUCAGUCGACAUCCCGAGAAGUACCAGGUGACGGUCUAUGACAAGCAGAGUGUCACAGGGGGGAUGGCAAGUUCCAUUAACAUCGACGCCGACAAGUAUGGUGCCGCAUACAUCAAUGAUGGCGUGCAAGGCUGUAGUCCUGUCUUCGCGAACACUUUGAGAAUGUUUCGGAUGCUUGGCUUCGAGUCUACGGAAGUAGGGAUGCAGAUCAGCUUCGGCAAGGACGAGAACUUUUGGACGAACGUCUUCCCUACCUCGCUCGUUUCACAGUUCCAGGGAGAUAUUAAGAAAUUCGGCAGGGUGCUCUCUAUCAUCAAGACAUUCGAGCCGAUAUUCGCCGUGAUUCCCGUUCACGUCAUGCUCAAGAUGUUCAGAUUUUCGACGGACUUCGGUGAGAAGAUGGUGUAUCCACUAGUGGCGCUUUUCUUCGGCACAGGAAAUCAAACGCCUUACAUUUCAUGUGCUAUAUUGGAACGAGUCUUCAUGGAUCCGAGUAUGCGACUCUUUGAAUAUUCCGAGAAGAGUCUACUGGCUAGCAUUCCCACCAUGCUCGCGUUUCCAAAGUUGCACGACGUGUAUAAGGCCUGGACACAUGAAAUUACCUCCACAGGGAACGUCACUUUCAAACUCCAUCAUGAGGUGUUGGAAGUCGUUUCACGUCACACGAGGGGAAAAGCCUCCGUCUCUAGUCCGGUUCAGAUCCGAUACAAAGUUUCUCAUGACGGAUUAGAGUCUCAUCCAAGGGAAGCUUCCUUCGAUGAGAUCAUUCUAGCCGUCGACGCGGACUCUUGCCUUCAUUUAUUGGGCAAACAGGCUACUUGGUUGGAAAGAAAGGUUUUGGGAAAUGUAAAGUAUCUGUACGACGUCACCAUCACGCACAACGACCUAGAUUACAUGCAGAAGUAUUACGAGACGCGGUACAAUCCUUCACACAACGCACCUGUGGAAUCCAGCGCGUCAGCUCAAGAGCGCCAUGAAACGGAAGAGGCGUUUGCCUUUGCCGAGCGCAAUUUCCGCCCCCUCUACUACACCAUGCAGUACCCGCAGGACAAAUCCAAGAUUGAAAUGAGCUUCGACCUGACGCACUAUCAGCCUCAGUUUCGGGGUGCGAAGCCAGCCGGGCCGAUUGAUCUUGAUAGCAGGAGUGAUCAUAGGAACGAAUGCCGCGCUGCGGACGCCACAUGUGCUGCACAGCAUGCAAGCGAGGGCGAGAUGGGUGCGCCUGCGCGGACGGGCAAGGACGCUAAUGGGCAGCCGGAGCCGCCGCUGGAGAAGCACGUCUUCCAGACAAUCUUCCUGGAUCGUGAUGGUUCGCAGAAUUUGUGGACAUGGAAAGACAUCAACCCCGAGAAGAAGAUCUUCGAAAAGUGGUGGAAGCAGCAAUCUCACCGCUGGCAGCACUAUGCGGGCACGGUGCCAUGGAUGAUGUGGAUCAACGGCAAGAACAACACAUAUUACGCUGGCGCUUGGUCUGUACUGAAUAUGCACGAGUUGGCGGUGACGUCCGGCUUCGCGGCUGCCUAUAGGCUGGGCGCCGAGUAUCCAUUCCACGGCGAUGAAGACUGCGAACGGCUCUUCAAGAUGUACCUGGCCGCAAGCCACGGCGUCAGAAUGAGAAAGGAAGAUAGGAAGGGAAUCUUUUCCUGA